AAUGCACUCGUGUUUUUUUUUUUAUAGCUUGUACACAACAGUGUCUUUAAAGCUGUAGAAAUGUAGUUUAGGAUCACCUUCGCUUGUAACUUCUCCGGUUUAAUGAGAGUUAACGCGGGUUAAAGACAGUCUGCAUUAAAACAAACACAACUUCUUUCUGGUUGAAGCUUAAAUGCCUUUAUGUUCAUUUCAGCUCCUCGGGAUGGAAACAAACGACGACGUGUCGCUUAGAGAGCAGCUUUUCCACGACAGGGUCCGAGAGAUCAUAAUUUGUGUGCAGCUAUUUGUCUGCCUAUAUAUCUUGUCCUACCUCAUUCUGACACACUACAAGAAGAAUGCCGAGUUUGUUACUGAUGACGUUGAGGAUGCCACUGUGAAUAAAAUUGCGCUGUGGUUGUGUACGUUCACUCUCUCUGUAGCCAUGGGUGCAGUUCUCCUCCUGCCCAUCUCCAUCCUGUCCAAUGAGGUCCUGCUCUCUUUUCCACACAACUACUACAUGCAGUGGCUAAAUGGGUCGCUUAUCCACGGUCUCUGGAACUUGGUCUUUCUCUUUUCCAACCUCUCCUUGGUCUUCCUCAUGCCCUUCGCUUACUUCUUUACAGAGUCAGAAGGCUUUGUUGGCUCCAGAAAGGGUGUGAUGGCCCGGGUGUACGAGACCACUGUGAUGUUGCUUCUGCUCAGUCUGCUGGUGCUCGGCAUUGUGUGGGUGGCAUCAGCGCUACUUCAUGAUAACAUUGCCAGGGAAAGUCUCUACGACCUGUGGGAGUACUACCUGCCCUACCUCUAUUCUUGUAUCUCACUGUUUGGAGUGCUGCUGCUAUUAUUAUGCACUCCCUUUGGAAUGUCACGGAUGUUUAGCGUCACUGGAAGUUUAUUGGUUAAACCACGGCUGCUGGAGGAUGUGGAAGAGACGAUGAACUGUACUGUGUUUGAAGAGGCUUCUCUCUCACGGAAACUUAAACGAAGCAGCACCUCCUGCUGGCUGAGCCUGAAUAUGGAGACAAUGAAGAAGCAGAUUGUGAGCAUAAAGGCCAAGCGCAUGGCUCUAGAGACACGAAGAAAGGCAUCUGCAUGGCAGCGUAAUCUGGGCUACCCACUGGUCAUGCUCCUACUCUUAGCAUUAACUGUGGUGUGUGUGUUGAUGGUGUGUUUCCAUGUGUUGGAACUGCUUUUUGAUGAGUCUGCCUUGCCCAGAGGGAUAGGGGACCCGCAUUUGGGCUUAGCUUCCUUCUCCAUGUUUGGCUCUUUGGGGGCCACAGUACAAGUUGUUCUUUUCCUCUAUCUGAUGGUGUCCUCAGUGGUUGGUUUCUACAGCUCUCCUCUUUUCAGCAGCCUUCGGCCUCAAGCUCAAGACACCAACCUUACACAGAUUAUAGUGAACUGUGUGUGUCUCAUGGUUCUCAGUUCAGCUCUUCCUGUAUUCUCUCGUACUCUGGGAAUCACAAGGUUUGAUCUGUUUGGGGACUUUGGAAGGUACAACUGGCUGGGAAACUUCCACAUAGUCUUCCUGUAUAACGUGCUCUUUGCUGGUCUCACCUCCGCCUGUUUAAUCAACACAGUCACAUGGGCCGUGCAGAGGGAACUCAUUCGUGCCUUUGGUCUCCAUCGCCUGCCUUUCACUGUCUCCCGAUCUGCAGUCCAUUUCAGGCUCCUGAUGGCAAGCGGACUCUCAAAAAUCCAGUGAUUUUUUUUUUUUUUCCCAGGCAGUUUUCCUGGUAGAUCAGCUCAGGAAGCAUUUUUAAAUCCAGUGGAAAAUUUCAGACCUGACUUGUUCAGUCGCAGCCUAUGGGUAAACGGAUCCCCAGAAGGCUGGUGGAGGAUUGAGGUUUUUUGCAGUCCGGAGAACGUUAAAGCAGUGACGUUCUCAUUACAGCUUUAAACUACAGGGCUUUGAGCAUUUAAGCUUUUAUUGCAGGUAUUGUUUGUGGUUUCACAAACAUGCAAAGUUCUUAAAGUGCUCCCUUUAAGGCUGACUUCAUGUUCUCUAAAGGUCCUGUGUUUACAUUUUUUGAUCAAACACUGCACUGGCUGUCAGAGGUGCGACUGUGAUUGAUGCAUAGCCGUCCACUGAAGCUAUUUCAGAGAACGACCUCUUAAACUCGACUGUCCCUUUCCUGUUGAGCUCGGUACAGCAGAGCUCAGCCAAGACCCCUUCCUCCCAUCCACCACUAUUUUUAGAGUGCAUCCAUCCCAUUGCUGUUCCUCAUGGGUCUUAAAGACACUUUUGGAGGAAGGUUGUCGCAGGAAGCCCAGUCUGCUGAGAGAGGGAGGAUACAGGAUGCUCCUUACAUUUAGAUGAAACAAUCUUGUUGAGUGAAUAGAGAGUAAGCUUCUCUUUUGUAAAGUUUUUUCCUCAAUGUUAAAAAAGCUUGGACUUCUGCACAAGAGACAUGUUUAUCUUUUAUAGUUAAGUUUUACAAGCACCUUAUUUCAAACUUGCUGCCUUUGAUAAAUCCAGGUUUUAAAAUAUGUCUUGGACCAUUGUAACUGUGAAUAUUUUUUAUUAUGUGUUAAUUAACCAUGUGCAAUAAUAUACUGGAAGUGUGUGUUGGAUAUAAGAUUAUGUUCCAUCUAUGUGGAAGAUUACGUUCCGGUCCUAAAUCCAUGACAUGCAGUGUCUAGUCAGUGAAAUGCAAACCGAUUUUAAUCACAGAUAUACAGGGAGAUUAGCUUGCCUAGCUAACAGUGAUACUGCUUUUCUUCUCUUGAGCUAUUGUAUCAUUAUUAUUAUUAUUUUUUAUUAAAAAAAACAAAACCUUUUUUUACAAACUAUUUAUACCAUCACUUUUACUUCAUUUGCUGUAUCAGCAUGUUUUAAACAAAUGUUUUGCAAGAGAUGGCCAGAAGGGGACAUUAUAUUCCAGUCACACUACAAGCUUGUGAUUUAAUAUGGUAUGCCUUUUUUGCUCUCAUACACUAUCAGUAAGGAGCUCACUUUUUUCCACAAUAUGCGUUUGUAUUGCAUGUGGUCGAUUGCAGCUGGUAGAAAGAUUGAAAGACUUUUUGAGCUGUCUUAAUUAGAAAUUAUGAGGUAUAGAAAUCCAAUUCAAACCUGUGUAGGUAUCUUAAAUUGUUAAGAAGGUAUUUAUAAAAAAAACUAUUCACUGACAAGGGUAGAAAAAUAGUAAUAAUUUGAACACAACUACACAUUGUUUACAUUGUCUGUCUGUAAAUGAACUUUUGAAUCACACAAAAGAACAAUAAAUGUAUUUUCUAAA